AUGAAAUUCACUACCGAGCACAACAUUCGCUUGGUUGUCCGAAACACCGGGCAUGAUUACAAUGGGAAGUCCACAGGCGCUGGUGCGUUGGGUUUGUGGAUGCACAAUAUCCAAGACAUCGAAUUUAAAGACUAUCAUGAUGUGCACUACACAGGCAGAGCCGCUAAAUUUGGCGCAGGCGUACAAGGCACAGAAGCCUAUCGCGCAGCCGAGGCCCAAGGACUAGAAAUAGUUAGUGGAGAAUGUGCGAGCGUCGGUAUUGCCGGUGGAUAUAGUCAAGGAGGGGGCCACUCUGCCCUGUCUUCUCGCUAUGGACUCGCAGCCGAUCAAGUUCUGGAAUGGGAAGUGAUUGAUGGUACCGGCCAACUCCUCGUGACCAAUCGCGAGCAGAACAAAGAUCUCUAUUGGAGUUUGAGUGGUGGUGGGGGAGGAACUUAUGGAGUCGUUUGGUCUAUGACAACGAAAGCACACACUGGCACUCCAGCAUCUGGCUUGAACCUCACUUUCACUAGUAAUGGGAUUCCGAAAGAUAUCUACUACGAUGCUGUCAAGCUUUACUACUCCAUGCUCCCCGGGAUCGUGGAUACGGGUGUCAUGAGUCUUGCAUACCUCACCAAUAUCUCCUUCUCUAUUGCUCCUAUGACGGGCCCGAAUAUCCCCGUGAAGAAGUUAGAGUCUAUGAUCCAACCAUUCCGCGACAGUCUCGACAAAAUGGGAAUCAAGCACACAUUCUAUUCGGAUCAAUUCGAUUCAUACCUAGAUGAGUUCGAAAACAUGAUGAAGGAUGCGCAUAUUGGCACCGCUCAAUACGGCAGCUGGCUCAUUCCACGAUCAGUGGUUCAAGACAAGAACGGUGAUCUAACCGACGCGGCUCGGUAUAUUGCCGAGGAUGGCGCAAAGUUCGCGACUUUCGCUCUCAAUGUUUCUCAGGAAGUCACCGGUGACGUUUAUAAUUCUGUUCUUCCAGCAUGGCGUGAAGCGAUUUUCCACGGAAAGGUUUCGACAACAUGGGAGUUCAAUCAACCCGACAAGAUGCGUAAUUUGCAGGACAAGAUGACUUUCGAUUACGUGCCUCGAUUGCAACAGCUAGCUCCUGAUUCGGGGGCUUAUUUGAAUGAGGCCGACUUCCGCCAACCAAACUUCAAGGAAGCGUUUUAUGGAACGAAUUAUGAUGCGCUCCGUCAGGUGAAGGCAAAGUAUGACCCUCACGAUGUGUUCUACGGCUUGACUGCCGUUGGGUCUGAUGAGUGGACUGUGUCGAACAGUGGGCGUAUGUGUCGAGUAUAA